AUGUCAAAAUUGCGUUUCUAUCUGGGUACUAAAUUUGAUAAAUUACUCCGUGAAGAAAAAUUGAUAGAAAAAUAUGAAUAUUUUUCAAUUCCUUUAAAUAUUAAAAAAUUUGAUGAUGCGUUGAAAGAACGUUUAAACGUCUUGUCAGAAUAUGUACAGGAAAAAGAAAAAAAUAAAAAAGAAAAUGAAAAAUCGUUUUUGAAAUAUGAUGCAAAAAUUUUGGACAUUAAUACUGUUAAUGAGAAGCCACUGGCUAUUUUGGAUAAAGUUUAUAAAGGGAAAAAUUUUGAAAUUCCUUUUGAUUUGAUUUUCUGUGAUUUUGAAAAGCAAAUGAAAUAUGGUGUUGUUAUCGUCCACAAAAAAGAUUUUAACAACAGAAUAUUCAAGGAAGAUCAAAACAUGAUAAUUAAGACAAAUUCGAUUGAUUCUAGUUUAUUAAAAAAAUUAGAAACAUUGAAGAAGGAAUCAUUUUUCCUUUCUAAACAGAUUAGACAACGUUAUUAUAAUCUAGAAUAUUUGAUUAAAAAUGGUAUGAAAAAGGUCGAAAAUAAUUUUCAAAAUUUUUUGACCAGAACGGGCAAAGUUUAUGCAACACGACCCGAUGCAAGACUUGUAUCUCCUUCCGGGAUUGUAGAAAAUAUUUCUGUCCAAAUAUUUGAGACAGAGACAACAAUACAAAUUCAGUCAGAAAUACCCAUGGCAAUUGUUGAAUUAAUUGAAGAAGUUAAAAAUGAAAGGGAGGAAUUGAAAGAGAUGAAUGAUGAGGAAUUUAAAAUGAAAUGGAAAGAAUCAAUUAUUGAAGAGGCAAAAUACAAAAAUGAUAAAGAACUUAACGAAAAUUUAAAGCCGAUAAAAAACAAACAACAGAAGAUUCUGGAUGAAGAAUUAAAAGAAUUAAAUGGCAAACAUAUGGGAACAGAGAUGCGAAUAAAAUUUAUAAAACAAAAUUUUGAAAAGUCAGAAAAAUUGAAGAAAAAACAAUUAAAAGAGGUGAAAAAUUUGCAAGAGAAAAGUGACAAAAUUAUGAGCAAGAUAUGGGAAAUAAAAGACGAAAUGAAUCACGGAUUUAAGGAAGAAUUAGACAAAAUAAGCUACAAAAAUGAGAAGAUAUUGGAAGAAAAACUAGGAGAGAUUAAAGUUGAAAAUGAUAAAAUUUUGGAAGGAGACAUGGAAGACGAACGUAAACAAAUGUUAGAAAAAUAUGAUGAUUUUAUUGUUGAAUUAAAAGAAGAAUGGUUUAGAGCUGUUUUUAAUCAUGUAUUUAAGGGAUACAAAAGUGGAGACAAAAAGAAAGUGAUAAUUAAAUUAGGCAAGGAAAUUGAAGAGGAAAAGAAAGGAGAAGCAAGUACUAGCUAUGAUAUUGAAACAAUUGGAAAAAACGAACAUAUUCUUUAUUUUGACACAAACAGUUUAAUUGGAAAAACAUUUUUGUUAAAAAUUUAUGGAAAAGAAAAUGCAGUAAAAUUAGUUAAAGGAAGAAAAGAUUCGGCAAUUUUUGUGAAUAUAAACGAUGAAGCACGUAAAGAAAAUGACGAAAAAAUUAAUAAAGGCAUGCUUAUUAAGAUUAAAGUGUAA